AUGAAAAGUGGCAAGCCUUCGCAAAAGCCGCUCCCUGUGUGUGACAUCAGGCAUGGAACAUCCACGAAAAUUUGGGACUUAGAGAUCUCUGCGGUUUCCUCUUGCCUUUACAAAACAACCAUUCCAUCAGAAUCAAGCAAAAAACGUAAGCCCAAGGUUAUCCGAAGUGAAGGAGCCCCAAAUGAAGGGAAGCGUAACCGAUCUGACACUGAACCGGAAUGUAAAUACUACAGUGAUGAGGCUGAAGUGGACCUGCGGGACCCUGGCAGAGACUAUGAACUGUACAAGUACACGUGCCAGGAGCUACAGAGGCUCAUGGCUGAAAUCCAGGACCUGAAAAUCCGGGGAGGCAAGGACAUGGCAGUUGAGAUAGAAGACUGGAGGGUCCAGAGUUGUGUGCACUUCAUGACUCUAAAGAAACUUAACCGAUUAGUCCAUAUCAGGUUGAAGAAAGGAAGAGCAACCCAUGAGGCCAAACAGAAAGUAGACGCUUAUCACCUUCAGCUCCAGAACCUGUUGUAUGAGGUGAUGCACCUGCAGAAGGAGAUCACCAAGUGUCUGGAGUUUAAAUCAAAGCAUGAAGAAAUCGAUCUGGUUAGUAUAGAGGGAUUUUACAUGGAGGCUCCGCCAGAAAUCAGCAAUGCUAAAGUUACCAUGGGAGAUCCUCACCAGCAAACCCUAGCAUGUCUGGACUGGGAGCUAGAGCAGCGGAAAAGGCUGGCAGAGAAGUACCGAGAGUCCCUAUCCAACAAGGAGAAGAUCCUCAAGAAGAUUGAGGUGAAGAGCAGCCUCCAGCCCCGCCUCAACAGCAUUAUGCAGGCAUCCCUCCCAGUGCAGGAGUACCUGUUCAUGCCGUUUGACCAGGCUCACAAGCAGUAUGAAAUUGCCAGACAUCUGUCGCCACCCCUCUAUAUCCUCUUUGUCCAGGCCACUGCUUACGGGCAGGCUUGUGAUAAGACGUUGUCCGUGGCAAUCCAAGGCAGUGUGGAUGAAGCCAAGGCUUUGUUUAAGCCUCCCGAGGAUUCCCAAGACGAUGAAAGUGACUCUGAUGCUGAAGAGGAACAAACUAUGAAAUGCCGUCGACCCACGCUGGGAGUUCAGUUGGAUGACAAGUGAAAGGAGAUGCUAAAGAGGCACCCCCUGUCUGUCAUGCUGGACCUGAAAUGAAAAGAUGACAGUGUGAUUCACCUGACUUUCUAUUACCUCAUGAACCUCAACAUCAUGACAGUAAAAACCAAAGUGACUACAGCGUCGGAGCUGAUCACGCCCUUAAGUGCAGGGGAUUUGCUAUCGCCUGACUCAGUCCUGAGCUGUCUGUAUCCUGGGGAUCACGGAAAGAAAACUCCAAACCCAGCCAAUCAGUAUCAGUUUGAUAAAGUUGGCAUCCUGACCUUGAGAGACUAUGUACUUGAGCUAGGUCACCCUUAUUUGUGGGUACAGAAGUUGGGUGGCCUCCACUUCCCCAAAGAGCAGCCCCAGCACACAGUGGUCAUGGACCAUUCCCUGAGUGCCAGCCACAUGGAGACCACCAUGAAGUUGCUGAAGACCAGAGUGCAGUCUAGCAUGGCCCUCCACAAACAGUUUGCAUCUCUGGAACAUGGCAUUGUACCAGCUACCAGUGACUGCCAACACCUCUUUCCUGUAAAUGUUGUCUCUUGCCUGGUGAAGUGGGUGACUCUUGCUUAUGAAGAUUACCUGGAGCUACCUUUCACCAAGGACAUUGUGGAGGCAGGACUGGCUGAGGACACCAAUCUCUACUACAUGGCACUUGUGGAGAGGGGCACAGCCAAACUACAAGCUGCUGUAGUUUUGAAUCCUGGAUACUCUUCUUUUCCACCAAUCUUCCAACUCUGUCUGAACUGGAAAGGGGAAAAAACCAACAGCAAUGAUGACAAUAUUCGGGCCAUGGAGAGCAAGGUCAAUGUGUGCUUUAAGGAGUUGUGCGGUCCGAGGCCCAGCCACCAGCUCUUGACCAACCAGUUGCAGCGACUGUGUGUGCUGCUGGAUGUCUACCUGGAGACCAAGAGCCACGAUGACAGUGUGGAGGGACCCAAGGAAUUUCCGCAGAAGAUGUGCCUUCGGCUUUUUAGGGGUCCUAGUAGGAUGAAGCCUUUUAAGUAUAACCACCCUCAAGGAUUCUUCAGUCAUCGCUGACUGCCCGUUCGCCUCUUCCCCCAGAGCCCCAUCCAGCCCACUGCACUCUGCUUCCUGCUCUGGCCCACAUGUAGUUCUUGAUAUUCUCUAACAAUAGGGUUUUUUAUUUUUGGCCUAUUAAAGUGUCACAUGACCAAAAAAAAAAAAAAGAAA